CGCCAUGGCCCUAUAUCCUGACAGCCAUGGGAAUCUCCAGCACUUGAAUACACGCAGAGACCCUUCCAGACUCUUGAUAUCUAUGCCUGGAGCCCGCAGGAUUGUGGGGAUUGGGCAAGCAGUGUCUGCCGUCGUAGGGGCCUCGACCAGAACGCCGUGGAUCUCUGCUCCUUCAGGAACACCACUGGCGUCCUUCUGCUCCAAUUCUCCUUACAGGAUUUCUGCACGCUCGUUGGAGACGACGUCGGCAGGCUGUUCUAUCAGGAUUUUCGGGCUCAGAUUAAGAAGAGGCGAGAAUUCUCCAAGUGUUACGGUAGUGUUACGCAGGACCGAUCACAGGGAUCUCACAGGCAAUUUCCCUGUAAUCUUCAUGCCCUCCCCUACUGUCGGAGCCAGUUUUGUGGGGUAG